ACACUAAGCGCAAAACACACGUCCACGUACGUUCCUGAACUGUAACAGAAUUCUUUUUUUUGGUGUUGCCAAUGAAACGAAUUGAAUUUGUAUUAAUUUAAUUACGCUAAAGUGCAAUAAUAAUUAAAAGAGAGAGACCCAACCCCAGCAGUCAUUUAGGCAGACACGUUUCGUUAGACAGAGGGCGCCAGCACUAACAGCAGCAGCAUUAGAACAACAACAACAAAGUCAACGUCAACAAAAAAAAAAAAACGAAAAGAAAAAUCACUUUUCUUUUCACAUUCAUUCAGUUAAUUUUGACUUUUUCCGAAAACAAAAACAUUUACAAAAUUUUGUGAACAAACAAAUAAAAAUGGCAGCAGGACCCACAAAACAGGAAAUCGAAUCAGUUUUCAGUCGUCUGCGUUCACAGCCAGCGAAUAAAUCCUGCUUUGAUUGCGCAGCAAAGGCUCCAACCUGGUCAUCGGUCACCUAUGGCAUCUUCAUAUGCAUCGAUUGCUCGGCCGUGCAUCGUAAUCUUGGCGUCCAUGUGACAUUUGUGCGUAGCACCAAUCUGGACACAAACUGGACCUGGCUGCAACUGAGGCAAAUGCAGUUGGGCGGCAAUGCGAAUGCCGCACAAUUCUUUCGAGCUCAUAAUUGCACCAGCACGGAUGCCCAGGUCAAGUAUAAUUCCCGUGCUGCUCAGCUCUAUAAGGACAAAUUGACGGCACAGGCUCAGCAGGUGAUGAAAAUUCAUGGAACUAAGUUGCAUUUGGAUCAACAAUCGACGGACAAAUCAGAGGGCAAUGAUUUGUCCAAAACGGAUGAGGAAGAGGAUUUCUUUGCCGAGAUUAAACAGCAGCAGCAAGUUGAUUUUAAUAAGGAAAACAACAAUAUAAGUCAGCUGGACACAAAACCAAUUGUUACUCCUGCUCCAGUGGCAGCAGCAACAGCAGCCAUCGACGCUGCUCGCCUGGGUGGAGGAGCACCCAGUGUAAUUUUGCUCAAUUCUGUAGUCCAACCGAAUGCUACAGUUCCAUCUUCAAUAGGUGUACGCAAAAUUCAACCCAAAAAGGGUGGGUUGGGUGCACGUAAAGUUGGCGGUUUGGGUGCCACCAAAGUCAAGACAAAUUUCGCUGAUAUCGAGGCAAGAGCAAAUGCUGCAAACGAAUUGAGAUCAGCCGAUGCGGCAGCUUCCACCACCAGCAACACAACAGGCGAUAAAAGUAAUCCUGAAGAGGAAUUGGAGCAAGUGGCCAGCAUGCGUUUGGCCUAUCAAGAGCUGUCGCUGCAAAAGACACGUGAAGAGGCCAAGCUAAAGACCAUGGAUCCGGCCAAGGCCAAGCAAAUGGAACGCUUGGGCAUGGGCUUUCAAUUGCGUGGCUCCGAUGUGGCUCAUUCGGCUUUAAGUGACAUGGAGACCAUACAACAGGCCGCAGCACCAAAGGCCAAACUCUCGCAAUUGGAUAAUGAGAACUUUUUCCAAGACUAUUCCCUCAAUUUGUAUAAUAGUAGUAGUAAUCAUUCAUCCGAGAAGAAGGAUAGCAAUGCCACAUCCACAUCAUCUUCCUCCAAGCUUGAUAAAUUUGAACUGGACGCAUUGGGCUAUGAGACAAUUGAACCAAUUGGUGGCACUCAUAGCAAUAUCACCUCAAUGUUUGCAGCCGAACAGCAACAAACGAGCAGCAGCAGCAGCAAUAAUCGUAGCAAGAACAGCAACAGGAACAAUAUCAAACCAGCCAAUGAUCCGGUAAUGGCUCAACAGAAAUUUGGCAACUCCAAAGGCUUCGGUUCGGAUCAAUAUUUUGCCAGUGAACAAUCCUCAGCGGAUAUAUCGGCAAAUUUGAAUCGUUUCCAGGGUUCACGUGCCAUUUCCUCAUCGGAUUAUUUCAAUGAUGGUUCAGCUGGUGGCAGUCAAAGAGGUGGCGGCGGCGGCGGUGGCGGUGGUUAUUCGUCAUCGGUUAACUUUAAUGCCCCCGAUUUGGAUGUGGAGAGCGUGAAGGAGAGUGUCCGCCAGGGUGUACAUAAAGUGGCUGGUCGUCUUAGUAAUUUGGCCAAUGAUGUGAUGUCAUCGUUGCAGGAUAAAUAUGGUUACUGAUAUCGAAAGCAACAGCCCAAAGAGGGCAAAGAUGGUGGCGGCGGCGGCGGCGGCAUUGGCAGCGACGUUUUGGCCACCGAAACUAAUUUUAAUGUUUUUAUAUAUUAGUCAGCAGCAGCAACAACAACAACAACAACAACAACAAGAUGCAGCAGUUAUAUAUAUAUAUAUUCCAUGCAAACAUAUACAUAUAAAAUAUAUAUAUACGAAAUCUAUUACAUACAUAGCCUAGCAUUGUAGAGAGCUUGUUCUCCCUCCUUUAACUCCUUCUCUUCCGCUCCAUGAUAUGUUCUCUUGUAUAAACAAUGAAAAACAAAAACAAAAUUAAAUUUUAAAUUCAAUUCAAUGCUAAGCUGUAACAAAAAGAAAAAAUAAACAACAACAACGCGUAGUGUCUUUUGAGAAUGCAAAACA